CUCACAAAGUGAAUGUGCAGUUUGAAAAAAAUGACGGUAACCAGUUAUACUCGCAUAGUGGUGGUACUGCUUUCCAUUGGCAUCAUUGCAGUAACUGACGCCGCCAUCUGGCCAUGCUCGUCGAGUUCUGAUUGCACGGCUCUAAAAUCAGCAUGCAACACAGAGACGGCAAAUUGUGAAUGUGACAGUUUUGAUUAUGUACUUGCCAGCAACUUGACAGAAUGUCUGAAGACGUCACUGAUUGGUGACCAAUGCGAGGACACAGUUCAAUGCAAUCUUAUGCCAUCGGGAGCCAGUUGUAAGUCCGGGGUCUGCGAUUGCGCCGAUGGAUACACAUAUGUUGGUGGACGAUGUAGACUAUUGAAUGGUUUGAAUAGCUCCUGUGAAACGGAUAUCGAUUGCUUAUUUAGUUACGAUCGUGAAUCGGUUAUCUGCAGCGACAAUGUUUGCAAAUGCGCUGACGGCUAUUAUCACAGAACUGGAAAUAUAUGUCGUCGUAAAUCAAUGAAAAUUGGCGAUGCCUGUGUCGUGCAUACGGACUGUGAAGAUUUAGGAACGAAUGUGCAAUGUAAUAAUUUGAUCUGCACAGAGGCAUCACAAAGCGACUCAGGAUCAUCCAAAACGGUUUUAAAUGCCCGUACAUAUACACCCACAUCUACCGGUGCAAACACAAACGCAGGCACGACGAGCACAAACACCCAUACGAAAACGGAUGUUGGCAAUGAGAAAUCACCGUCAUCAGAUGGUACAUCUCAACUCUCAAAAUCCACGUCAACCAAUAGCACGAGCAAAGACACAUUAGCACUGGUGAAUGGACGUAGUGAUUUAACGGACGAUACAGAAAACGAAGCGGAACACGAAGAGGGAGGUGAAAGCGAACAAAAGCGGAAAUCACGUGAAAUCGCAGUACAAACUAGCAUCGAUGCUUUUGAAUUGAAGCCAUUGGCGACACCGUUAGUGAAAAAUGUUGGCACUGGCACCACAUCGAGCACCAGCAGUCGACGUUUCUCACGCUAUAGGCGCCGUCAACCCGCAUUCCGCUACGAUUAUGAGGAUAAGAGUUUCUCGACUCUAUCGAAUACGGAUGAUGAUACGGAGGAUAAGCAAUACGGUAGCUCUUGCACAGAGAAUGGAAAAGUGUGUGCCGGACUUCCGCAUUCGAUUUGCUCACGUAAUAUUUGUUUCUGCCGUACUGGCUACUAUCCGAGCAAUGGAAAAUGUUUUGCGGAGCUGGGCGAGAUAGCGGAGAGUGCCAACGAAUGUGAACACACAUUCGAUACGUCAACCAAGAAAUGUAUUUGCCAAACUAAUUACUUCUACGAAAGCAAUCUACGCUCUUGCCGAAAACCAAUUCUAUAUACCUUAUCGUGUACCUCGGAUAGCCAAUGCAGUCCCUUCGGCUCUGCCUAUUGUCCUCCGCAAAUUCCCAGACGCUGCACCUGCGAGGAAUAUGCCGAGUACGAUGAACUAAACCAGAUGUGCGUGUACAAACGCGGAUUGGGCGAGUAUUGUGAAACGAAUGACGUCUGCAGUACGGUCACGAAUGCGGUCUGUACGAAUAAUUUAUGUGCAUGCAAGGAAAACUACUUAGCGAAUAAUAAUACCUGUGUACCCGGCAUCGGUGCGACGUGCACAGCAGAUGUCGAAUGCGGAGUAGACAAUUCGGCUUGUGAUCUCACCUCACCGACAAGUGAGGAAACCGGCAGAACUUGCCAGUGCAAGAAGGGAUAUGUACAUUUUAAGGAUGAGUGCCUAAAGGAAGCGGAGGAACUAGAAGACGAGUGCAUUGAAACGGAGCAAUGCACACCACUGUUGGCCACCUGCAUCGAUAAGAAGUGUUCGUGCACAUCCGAACAACACUUUAAGCUCGGAGUUUGUCAGGAAAAGAAAGCUCUUGACGAUUCUUGUACUCGGUCUACUCAAUGCUUUGUUGAAAAGGAGCCGGAAAAUGUUGAAUGUCGUAAUUCGGUUUGUCAAUGCAAGUUUGGCUAUCAAGCGGAUGAAGAACAGAAGACUUGUAUACGUGUCGUAUCCAGUACCAAAAAUUCUUCCGGAAGGCCAAGUGCUCUUAAAAUAAUAACAUUCCUAUUAAUAGGAUCAGCUUUCUUAAUAACAAGUGCCGCAAUUAAACAGGCUUAUUACGAUUAAAUGUCACCUACGUUAUUUAUAUGUUAACUAAGGCAUCCCGGUGGUCUAGAGCGCGAAAAUUUGGAGGAUUUUCAGGAAUUUUUUUUUACAAUAAAAAAAUGAAAAACGAUAUUUAAAUUUUUUAGGCUUUUCAUUUAACUUCUUUUACAUACAAAAAUUAAAAAAAUUAAGUUUUAAUAAUUUAAAAAAUGGCGCUGAAGUUGACUCUCCCGAAACAUUGGACGUAGAUGGUGUGUCCACUUUGGCUCUUCUAUUUAUCUGAAACACAAAAACCAAAACAAAUAUUAAUCAGUAUGACUGUAGCUAUGCCCCGUACUAAAUAUAAUAAAACAAAAAAAACUUACAAAAUGGCGCAGUUUUAAAUUUGACACUCUUUCUCCCUUUCUCUUUUUUCAGCUUUUUAAUAAAAAAAUACAAAAUAAUUGAAAUAAUAAUUUGAUUUUAGUACGGGCGAUAGCCAAUGAUAUUGGGAAUAACUUAUUAAAAUUUCAGACGAUUCGGUUGAAUAGUUGUUUUUUUUCUGACAACACCAGGCCGAAAAAAGUCGUUUCGAGAUAAAUGAGUUAAAGUUUCUACCUAGUUAAUGGGCUGUAGAAGCUAUUGUAUAAUAUUGGGAAUUUCCGCAUGAAAAUUUCACAGUAUAUUCUUAAGAUGCUAUACUUUAUACUUAUACUUAUACUUAUAUAUCGGAAAAUCGAUUUUUGGAAAUUUCUAGACUACCGGGUCACCUUAAGAGCGUAAAUUAUUUAGCAAGCAGAACAAAAAAUUUAAAUCAAUACACGAACGCAUCAACGCAUACAGCGCAGUGAUGUGCAUGUAAUUAUAUAAGAUUGAAAAUGUACUAAAAUUCUGAUUUUUAUCGCUUAGUAUACGUUUUAUGCUAAAACCGAACGCCGGCCACCACCACGUUGUUAAAUUUCCUUUAAAUUAAGCUUAACUAAUAGAAAAAUGUGCAUAAAGUAUUACCAGAUGAAAUAUGCAUGAAGUUUAAAUUAAUAAAUUAUGUAUAUUGUAAAAUAUUAAUUAUUAAAGCAAAUUCAAAGAGCAAUACUUAAAGCAGCGCGAAAUUAUUAAUUCACUUUUGCGAUUACUCAAAUUUUAUUAACUAACUAAAUAACGAGUAGCCUAAGAAACUUUUAAGUCAAUCAUGUAAACUAGAAACAAAAUUUUUUAUCUUAAGACUCUUAAGAUUAUGAGCGCCUGUGCACACACGUACAUAUGUACAUCCUAUAAACUUUAGUGCAUAUUUGAGUGCAUGACAAUGAGAUAAUUAACAAAUUUGUUUUAGUCUAAGAUUAUAAUAGUCAAUAAA